AUGUCGGGCUGGAAGUACGCUUUUUCUUUAUCCAAGGCUGAGGUCAAGGACGCAUGUCCUCCAGGAACCGUCCGCCUUGUUGACCAUCACAUCCGCGACAAAGCCCUCGAGGCUGGACACACCGGGCCAGAUACUUCGGACUCCUCAAGCGAUGAGAUCGUUCGCUUCCCUAGGCCAUCUGCGGACCCAGCCGACCCCCUCAACUGGGCAUCAUGGCGAAAGGUCGCCCUCUUGUUGACGGCUUCCAGCUACGCCUUCAUUGGCAACUUUGCGAGUUCAGGACUGGCGCCAGCCUUGCAAGCCUACAACAUGAACUUCCCCACAGACCCGCAGCCCUUCUCCCAGCUUACCCAGCUCAUUGCUGUUUCGGUCCUCAUGAUGGGCGCCUCAAACAUCUUCUGGGUCCCACUGUCAAACAUCAUUGGCAGACGACCUGUCCUGCUCCUCGCUACACUCCUCAUGACACUAGCCUCCAUGUGGGGCGGCCUCGCGCCGUCUUUCAGCUCUCUCCUUGCUUCGAGGGUGUUUCAGGGGACCGGGGCUGGCCCAUCGGAAACGACAGCCCCGGUCCUGAUCGGGGAAGUCUUCUUCUUGGACUCGCGGGGUAGGGCCAUGGCCGUAUACACGACGUUCCUCAGCCUGGGCUCCAUCAUCGGCGGUAUCACCGGCAGUUACAUCGCCUUCCAUCACGGAUGGGCAUACGUGUUCUGGGUGAGCACCGCACUGUCCGCGGCGUGCUUCGUAGGUACCCUCCUCUUCGUCCCGGAGACGCUUUACUCCAGGGGCAACGCCUUGUCGCCGCAGUCCUCCCGCACGCAGCAGGACACGUCCAAGGUCGGAGAGACCCUGCAUGUUGAGAGCUACCCGCAGACCAACACCUCAAGCUCGGAGUACAGGCCCUAUACCUUUGUUCGGUCUCUUGGCUUCGGACCUGUCCGGGGGGGCAACAUCCUGUCGUGUUUCGUCCAACCCUGGAAGACACUGGCACUUCCCGGGACCUGGGUCGUCAUGCUUCAUUAUGCCGGCCUUGUUGGUGGAAUCGUGACCAUCUCAACCAUAGGAGCUCAGCUCGUCUCCCAGCCGCCUUACCUCUGGGGCGCAAACGCCGGUUUGAUCAACGUCGGCCCCAUAAUUGGAGCACUCAUCGGCGCGGGAUUCACUUACCUCACCUCGGACGCGAGGCUGCUCGGCCAGGCCAAGCACGAGGGCCACGGCUUCGCCGAGCCGGAGAGCAGGUUGCCGACCAGCUUCCCGGGGCUGUUCAUCGCCACAAGCGGCCUGUUGGUGUUCGGGUUCUGCGCGCAGAACCCGGGGCCAAAGGUCUGGGUCGGGCUGGAGGUCGGGUAUGCGAUGCUGUCGUUUGGUCUGAUGCAGGUGCCAUCCAUCGAUUUCAACUACCUCAUCGACUCGUACUCGCACCUUGCGGGUGACUGUUUCGUCAUCGUCACGAUUCUCCGAUCCGUUAUUUCAUUUGCAUGGACCUUUUUUGUGGCCGACUGGGUGGCCGAGAAGGGACCCGCCGAGCCGUUCGGAAUCUUUGGUAUGCUAUUGGGCAUCUUCAGCCUCUUGACUAUUCCGCUGUGGUUGUUUGGGAAGCGUAUGAGGAUUGCAACUGCUAGUCACCUGGAGAUCAGGUAUUAA